CAGAUCGUCGGCUCGCUCCUCGAGCCAGAUGUAGAGGCCACGCGUGUGAAGGGGAAGGGCAACCUCAUCGAUUCCGGAGUCGCAAUGUCGGACUUUGUUGACAAGUUAAGGACACACUGCGGGCUCGCUUUGUGUGACAAAGGAGCCACCGGCAAAUGGUGGCACAGGAAGCUGAUCAUCCCAAAGGAGCUCGCCACCCCGCCGAAGCCAAAGAAGACACCUGACCCAGACAGCAGGCGCACGAAGAAAAGGAGGGUAGAACAUCAGCGAGCCAAGGCGCGCCUGGAGACGCACUUGCAGGAGACGCACUCCCUGGAGAUGCUGGAGGAGACGAGGGCCACCAUCGCGACGACGCAGUUCGGCAGCACGGGUGGCACGUGCCAGCAGGUGGUGGCGGAGGACCUCGGGCUCCCCGGGCUGUCGGACGAGCUGAAGGCCUGGGGCGCAGGCCUCAUUAUCCGUGACCGUCGACGUGAGCUAGCAGAAAAGGCAGCCACAAGGAUCUGCGCGGAGUGGGUCACGAGGUUGGAGGGGGCGGCCAUCAUCGCGGACGACGUCACAGCGGAGGCAGCAGUGCACUACAGAGGCAGGGGAUCUGGCUUCGAGGUCAGGUGCCUGGCCCUCCGCUCCAACGACGCGGACCCACCCCAGCAAGCCAAAUGCCUCGCGGACGCGCACGGGCAGACGAAGGCGCUCCAGCAGUUAGAGCAGGACGCGGUCUCCGGCAAGAAGAACGGUCGAGAAGCACGCAGCAACUAUCACCUGGACGUCACCCAGAUCCAGAGUUUGGUCAACCAGUCAGAGG